AUGUCGAGCACCUUCUUUGGAGCGCUUACACAGGGCGCCAAGUUCAGCGGCACCACGUUCCAACAGGACAAGCAGCAGUUCAAUCAAUUGAAAAAAGGAGCCAAGAAAGAGGCUGAAAAGACCGUAGAGACUGAUGAAUUGGAUUUUUUCGGCUAUAAUGAGGUCAAAAAACUUCAAGAGAAGACGCUCAGACCUUGCAAGAUCAGUGUCGAGAUGGUGCCAGAGUGCGCAGGCAACGACUUGACCAUUAAACCCCGUAAGGUCAAAGGUAGCAAACCUCGUCGCAAGCGUAAAUUGAGUGAAGGUGCACUCGAGGAACAACGUCUGGAGGAUGAAAAUCGACUGCAAGCAUCACAACUUCUUGCUCCACCUAAGACGAAGGCUGGGAAACGAAAGGAAAAACGUACUCGUCGACGAUCGCGCACAGAGUCAAUGGAAAGCGAGGCAACAUCACAGCAAUCGGAUGGGGAAACUGCUGUAUCAAGUGAGGAGGAGAAGGAGGAGGAGGAGGAGGAGGAAGGAGAGUUGGUGAGCUUGUUCAAGUUCAAUGGUGAAAAUGCAGACGACAAAGUGACGGUUGGAAAGCCAAUAAAGAAGCCGAAGAAAGAAUUUACGGAAGCUAGUAAGAAGAACAUUAUUGCUGCUGCUGAACAAGAGGGCGUACAGAUGCUUCGACGUCAGCUUGGCAUUCGUGUAAGCGGUGUGGCCGUCCCAGCACCGAUUACUUCAUUUGCUGACAUGCGCUUGGACUCCAGUACGAGUGCGCAGCAGAUGAAACGUCUGCUUUUGCAGAACAUUGAACGCUCCGAGUACAAGGAACCUACGUCUGUGCAGAUGCAAGCUAUUCCCAGCUUUUUACUUCGACGCGAUGUGCUGGCCACAGCACCUACAGGAUCCGGUAAGACUGCAGCUUUUGCGAUUCCGAUGCUAGCAAACCUUGCAUCCGGUAGUGAGACAAGCAGCGGUAUCCGUUCAAUCGUUUUGGCUCCUGCUCGUGAUCUGGCAGUGCAAAUUCGUGCUGAGUUCAUGCGCCUCGUUGUAGGCAAAAAGAUGCACAUUACGUUACUGUCAAAAGCCACUGCUGCUACCAUCGUUUCUCAUACGAAGAGCAAACUGGCUGUGAACCACGACGUGCUGGUUGCUACUCCGCUUCGUCUUGUGCACUUGAUCCGAGAAGCAAAGGUUGACCUUUCAACCGUUGAAAUCGUAUGUCUUGAUGAAGCAGAUAGACUGUUGGAGCUCGGAUUUGUGGAGCAGGUCGAUGAGAUUUUUGCUGCUUGUACUCACGCUAAGGUCCAGCGUACCAUGUUUAGUGCCACAAUGCUGGAGGGAGUGGAGGAGCUUGCUCAAACCGUGCUGCGCGACCCUGUAAAGGUGGUUGUGGGGACGAAAAACGCCGGUGCGAGUACGAUUGAUCAAAAACUGGUCUUUGUGGGCAAGGAAGAAGGCAAACUUGUUGCCAUGAAGCAAUUGUUGCACGACGGGUUUCAGCUUCCCGCGUUACUUUUUGUGCAGAAUAAGGAACGUGCAAACGAAUUAUAUCACGAGUUGCUGUACGAUGGAGUGAACAUCGGUGCUGUUCACGCGGACCGUACCAAAGAGCAGCGUGACGAUGUGAUCCGGCGUUUUCGCAUUGGAGAAGUUUGGGUGCUCAUUUGUACAGACCUCAUGAGCCGUGGUAUGGACUUUAAGGCCGUGAAUAUGGUCAUCAAUUACGACUUCCCGCAGAGCGCUAUUAGCUAUAUUCACCGCAUCGGUCGCACGGGUCGAAAUGGACGUAAAGGCAAUGCCAUUACCUUUUUCACGGAGGAUGAUAUGGUAUACCUCCGAACAAUCGCUAAUGUGAUGAAGAUUUCAGGCUGCGAGGUUCCUGACUGGAUGCUGUCGUUAAAGAAAGCUAGUGUGUCGAAGAGGAAGGAGCUUCUGAAAGCACCUCUUAUGCGGCACCGCAUUAAUACGGUGUCCGGAUACGACCUUCAGAAGGCAAAUCGCUUGCAGCAGAUGAAGAAUUCGAAACGCAGCAAGGGCGGACAAACGAAUAAUCCAUCUGAGCCAAAAAGCGACGAGAAGAAGCAGGAGCAUCUUGGUAAUCGCAAAAAGAAGCACAAGAAGAACUCGAGGACGAGUAAAUUGAGCAACUCAGACAAGUAA